AUGAUAGCUAGUGCCUUGGCUGCUGUAGAAACUCUACGUACCAAAAAGACGAAAGAAGAAGAAGCGGCGGCUGCAGCAGCCAGAGGUGAAAAGCCACCGAAGACUGUAACGCCGAUGGUGAUAGAUGUAGAACCAAAAGAGGAACCAGUUGAACAUAUGGAGACGAACGGAGAUGCUGAAGCAUGUGGUAGGGUACCCUUCUUCAAAAGAUUUAUGCCAAUUAUGCUUCCAAUGUAUCCGCUGUUGGAGGAGAAAGUCAAGUGGGAUGUUUAUGGAGAGAAGUAUCGCCCUGAAGAUUAUACCGUCUCCAAGCUACGAGUACACUUACCAGUACCUCAAGAGAUCAUCAAGGAAGCUGACGAUCCAACAGCUAACAUGGCUGUACCUUUGGUAGAUGAUGCGCCAACUAAGUGCAUCACUGUGAUAGAGAAGAUUGAGGUUUCCUGUAAUGUGGAAUACAUAGAAUUCGAGGGCAGAUCUGAUGGAGAGUCAGUAAAGAAGUUGAUCGCACAAAUAAAGCCUAAACAGUUGAUACUGGUCCACGGUUCAGCUCAGGCCACUAGACAUCUGGCUCAGCACUGCUAUGAUAAUAAUAUCGCACAGGGACACAUUUUCGCGCCAUCUGUUGGUGAAACUGUAGACGCUACCGUAGCCUCCCAUAUCUACAGAAUACUUCUGAAUGACGAGCUAGUAACAGAAAACCUUCUGUUUUGGGUCAAAGAUGCUGAUUUGGCUUGGAUAGAUGCCCAAAUCACUGCACGUCCUUCUGAAGUUGGAGUCGAGCCAGAAAAUGGCAUGGAGACUGAUGAAAAAUCAGCAGAUGUUCAACUGGCUGAGCAGCAUAUAGACAAAUGCAUGUUGAGUGCUCUCAGUGGUGAAGCACCUUUCCGAGAUGUCGUCUAUGUAAAUGAUCCAAAGUUGUCAGAAAUGAAGCAGUUCCUGCUCAAUAUGGGCUUCUCCGCAGAAUUUUCAUCAGGAGUUUUGUAUAUAGGAGGUGUGAUCUCAAUUCGCCGUAAUGAAGCUGGAAGGUUCCACAUCGAAGGAUGUGUUGGUCCCUUA